CAUCGAGAUUUGUGGAAGUCCCGGCAAGAACGAUGGCCGUUGACAAACCAGGGUGGCGGGCCUGCAGAGGUGGAGAGUAGUGGAGGAGAGAGGACGUUUUGUUUCCCUCGAUCCUGCACAGUACCCCGAGUACUUUCUCGCAGGCUACACGGCUGCUCUUGACUUGCCACGCCUGCUCUUUCUUUCCUUCUUCCAGCCAGGAUUAAUGUAUGCGACAGACUAAGCUGCUAAAGGGCCAUGCCGGUCGGAGUCCACCCCGUGGCCCAAAUAUGACAACAUGUCUUCCAAGAGUACCCAUGAACGACCACGAAAACUGCAGAGAAUCUCUCGUACGUUACUUCCCUCCAUGCUUGGGUCCGACUUACCUUCAUCGGCCAUGUUGACUUCACUUGGCCGGCAUACCAUAUGCCUUCAACUUCACCUAUUACCAGGCUAACACACGUAUACACGAGAAGAAGCAUGUGACUUGUGCCAUCGCAGAUCUAUACGAUGCAGGCCCUCUAACGAAGAGCCUCGAAAAUGCCAGAAUUGUUACGACUUUGCCGUAGAUUGCACCUAUAAUAGACCAUCACGGCGACGCCGUAACCCAUCAGCGGCACAUGCUGUGCCUGGGAACAUCAUCCCGGCGCAGCAACAACGAGCUACUCAGUCGGGGUCACCGGCCAUAAAACUUGAGAAUGGCUACCAACAUAGCGUCCUCCCGCUACAGUCUGCCGAGUUCACAGGCGCGUACGAAGUGGUGCGAGAAGGGCGUCGAGAUGACCUGUUGAGCGUAGCAUGGCAUUGUUUUGCGGCAUCCAACCAGCAAACCAUUGACCGCUACCUGGAAAUAUACAUGGAGGUCGUAUAUCCCUUAUUUCCAUUCUUUCAUGGACCGACACUCUGGGAUCGAGUUCGUAAACGGCAGCACCUUAAGGAUCGUGGCUUUUUCGCAUCUGUCAUGGCAGCAUGCGCGCUGGCGGCCGCGCGAACGCGAGACGGAGCGCUGGGCGACAAGUACCAGAUCGAAGAAAGCGUUGGCAACUCCUCAGAAGUAUUCUUCUCAGCAGCGCAGGAUAACAUCUGCAAAGACUUGACACAUGCUACUGGUUUGGGCUACCUGCGCGCAUGUGCCUUGCUUGCUCUGACGGCCAUCCAGUAUGGCCAGGUCCAGACCAUGCACCUGUACAUGGGCCACUAUAUGACACUCGCAACGAUCCAGCGAUUUCACGAUGAGGCACACUGGCCAGAAGAGAUAUCUAUUCAGGAAAAGGAGGAGCGGAGACGGAUGUUUUGGGCCAUGUACAGCUUUGACGUCUACACAUCCGUCGUCUUCAACACGACUCCGAGGUCCCAAGAGACUCACUCAUACGUUGCUUACCCUUGCGAAACUACGGACGAUGAAUUGGCAUUAGGAGUCACGGUCAAACAGAACCCAGAAAACUGGUUACGCGGGUUCAACUUCACCACGGAUCUGUACCGUGUUCUCGAGCAUGCCAUGAAGAGAGUGCGCAUCAGCAAGUCACGUCGGGAUGACCGCAUUUCUGUUGUCAGGUUGAUGAUGGCCAACACCAUGCCGGACACACAGAUCAUGGAAAACGUCAUCAAUCUCUACUACAGCUUGCCAGAUCGCUUCAAAAACUAUACGGCUCCUGCGACAGGAGACCGCAGUCAAGACAUAUACGGCUUUCAGGCCGCUAACAUACAAGCCACGCUACAGUUGGUGCGAAUAACUCUACUGGAGUCGCGGACGAGCAACAUGCAAAAUGUGGAGGAGAAGUGCCGAGUGGCUGAUACAGUACUCCAAACGUUCAGCGACAUUCCUCAACACUACCUCAGAGCGAUCUCGACACCUUUAGUCUACCAUCUCGGAGGCAUUGGUCACAUUUUAUCCUCUGUCAUGCAAGGUGUUUUGAACGAGGAUUCCUACCAGAGGGUUCGAACGCUUAUGGUGCAGCUGGCCGAUCUGCUGGAAGACCUUGAAACUGGGCUUCAGCCAGCUGCUGGAUCAAGUCGAGGCCUCCGGAAACGAAUCGACAAGAUUGAUCAAUACAUACAGACACAACGACAGAUGCUUUCGGAGUUGCCGCGGCAGCACAUCAGUCCGUAUCCGCAUACUAUGGACGGCGCCCGUAGUGUAUACGUGCCGAGCAAUGCCCCGAAUGGCACACACUCGGUACUUCCGCACGGCAAUCAUCAUCAGAUAACGAACAACAUGGGAAUGCGCACGCCACAUGAUGACUUCCAAUUGCCAGCUGAGAUGACGACGGGAGGUUGGCCAUGGCCGUUCGAUUUGACGCAGGAGGGCGCCCAGCAUGUGCCUUCGAAUGGUGUUCCAUCGAAUGGGCACUCGACAUGAUGUUUUCCCAAGCUGCUUUUUUUGAUACACCUUUUGUUUGCAUAGCGGUACAUGAGCAUUGGAUUCUGCAUACGAGAGACGUUAAUUGGGAGGCGGUGUGUAACAGGCAUGUAUAUGAGCAACGGCAAACAGUAAAGAAUCGGAAAUAUUGAUCGCGAC